GACUUCACCAGUGUCUCAGCCAAGGAUGGGGCCGCAUGGCUUGGAGGUGCUUUGCCAGUAAAGGACACUUUAUGAGAUUGCUUGGUGGAUUGAUCAUAGAACCACAGAAUGGUUUGGUUCAAAGCCUAUCCAGUUCCAACCCCCUGCUGUGGGCUGGAUGCCCUCCACCAGUUUAGGCUGCCCAGAGCCCCAUCCGACUGGCCUUGAGCACCUGCAGGGAUGGAGCACCCACAGCUCUCUGUGCAGCAGUGUUGGGGCCUCAAUGCCCUCUGAGUAAAGAAUUUCUUCCUAGCAUCUAACCUGGAUGUUCCCUCUUUUAGUUUAAAGCUAUCGCUAACUACCUACACAAAAUGUCGGUCUUCCUCCUGUUUAUCAGCCCCCUUUUGAUCAGAGCUGGAUGUGAUUAUAAAGAAAGAUUUUUCAAAGACCUGUUGCUGAAAAAGAAAAUUCAAGUCCCCCAUCGCUCAGCUCACAGUCGGAGGGUUUGCACUGCUCUUUGCACGUAAUUCACGUGAUUAAUUCCAAAAGCUGCGCUGUUCUCUUCAUUUCUAAUGCCAAUGUCAUACUCUGCAGUCAGACAACUUGUUUUCCCAGCGAGGUCCUUACAGCAAAUUACAAAGCAAAUUAAAUCUUCCUCUGUUCACGUUGCGGAAGGGAGAAGUGAAGCCCAGGGGCACCUUUGGUACCGGCACAGAGCAGGCCCACGGCUCCAGCACAGCACCCAGCCCUGCUCUGCGCUGCCUUCCCCGGUGCACCGAUGCAGAUGCAGCCUCAGUUACGUGAAGCUACCGCUCCCAAAAAUAGGCUCCCUUCUCUCCCGAUCACGCUAAAAACCUCUGCGGUUAUUUGAACUCGCAAACUUCCCCGCUGGACCCGCAGCGUUCAGCUAACGCAGCCGGUGCGGCUCUUAAUGACCCUCCUGCGCAGGCGGUGCUGCUGGAGCCACCGUGCCGGGUCUCCGCAGCCGGGUAAUGGAAUCCUGCGAUGGUCGGAGCAUCCCUGGCACGGAGCCCGCGUCGCCUGCCUUCUCUUCAGUUACCUCCGCUCCCGCUGUCCCCGCGCAGCGCUGCGAUGGGAAGGAGGAACACACCCAGCCCCGCUCCCCAUCUGUUGCAGCAUCGGCUUCAGUAGCAGAGCCUGAGAUGUUUAAAUGUGCUUGCCUUUAGGGAAAAGCCUUGCAUGCAGUUCUUCAAUGGACGUUUCCAGCCAGACUGCGGGAUUUUUCAGAGCUGAUCUCAGCUCUUUUGCCAUGCCAUUCUUGGACGGUGAUGUGGAGAACGCAGACAAAAAUGCUUCUCGCAAGGUGGACGAAAGCUACUCUGCAGGCAGUCCUUCGAAAGGCAUUUUCUCAAAAGGGCUCCAGAACCGACCUUCCAGCCCUGUUUCUGCCCCUGUGAGAUCCAAACACAGCCCUGGCUCACCCAAAACUGUCUUCCCCUUCCCCUACCAGGAGUCUCCCCCACGCUCCCCACGUCGAAUGAGCUUCAGUGGGAUCUUCAGGUCCUCCUCCAAAGAGUCCUCCCCCAAUUCCAACCCGUCUACCUCUCCUGGGGGCAUCAAGUUUUUCUCCAGAUCAAGAAAAACCUCUGGCCUCUCCUCUUCUCCAUCUACCCCAACACAAGUGACCAAGCAGUCCACGUUUCCUCUUGAAUCCUAUAAGCAUGAGCCUGAGAGACUAGAAACACGGAUUCACUGUUCUUCUCCUCCGGACACAGGGCAGAGAUUUUCUUUGCCUCCAUCCCAAAGUGCAGCCAAGCCUCCUAUAAUGACACCAUCUCUCUGUGCUACCUCAAAACCAGCGGCGGCAGCGGCUCCGGCUCCCUCUCAGCUCCCGGCCGCCUCCGAAGGGAUGCUGGAGAAACUCGAGCUCGAAGAUGAAGGCACUUCUUCUCCAAGGCAUUCCAAAGAGAAGAAUUCUGAGGGGGAAGCUGCAGGAGGAAAGUGUGGUGAUAAAGCACUUGAAGAAUCGGAAAGUGACAUUUAUGUGCGAUUCAUGAGGUCACACAAGUGUUAUGACAUUGUUCCAACAAGCUCUAAGCUUGUUGUUUUCGACACUACGCUACAAGUAAAGAAGGCCUUUUUCGCCUUGGUGGCAAAUGGUGUGAGAGCAGCUCCACUGUGGGAGAGUAAAAAACAGAGUUUUGUAGGAAUGUUAACAAUUACAGAUUUCAUUAACAUACUGCAUAGAUACUAUAAAUCUCCAAUGGUUCAGAUCUAUGAAUUGGAGGAGCACAAAAUAGAAACCUGGAGGGAACUUUAUUUACAAGAGACAUUUAAACCUUUAGUGAACAUCUCCCCAGAUGCAAGCCUUUUUGAUGCUGUAUAUUCAUUGAUCAAAAACAAAAUCCACAGAUUGCCAGUUAUAGAUCCCGUCAGUGGAAAUGCACUUUAUAUACUUACCCAUAAAAGAAUCCUCAAGUUCCUCCAGCUUUUUAUGUCAGAAAUGCCAAAGCCUGCCUUUAUGAAGAAGAAUCUGGAUGAACUUGGAAUAGGAACUUACCACAACAUUGCCUUCAUACAUCCAGACACUCCUAUCAUUAAAGCCUUGAAUAUAUUUGUAGAGAGAAGGAUAUCGGCUUUACCUGUUGUGGAUGAGUCAGGAAAAGUUGUAGAUAUUUAUUCCAAAUUUGAUGUAAUAAACCUUGCUGCUGAAAAAACCUAUAAUAACCUAGAUAUCACGGUGACACAAGCCCUACAGCACCGUUCUCAGUAUUUUGAAGGUGUUGUAAAGUGUAGUAUGCUGGAAACACUGGAGACCAUUGUUGAUAGGAUAGUGAAGGCUGAGGUUCAUCGUUUGGUGGUAGUGAAUGAAGCAGAUAGCAUUGUGGGUAUCAUCUCCCUUUCUGACAUUCUACAGGCUUUGGUACUCACGCCAGCAGGUGCCAAACAAAAGGAGAAUGAAAGUGAAUGACUGCUGUGAAUGUAUAAACGUUUGUAGGAGAACUUGAACAAAGUUUCUGGGUCAAGUUUGUCUCGAGAACAGUGACUGCAAUAGAACAGAGCAGGAUGGUUGAGAAUGUGUUUUGGGACUUAGUGAUGGAUGAUGAGUCUAUUCCCCCCCAGUGAUGUCGCAAAAAAACAAAGCAGCAUGACAAAAGCUUAUGUUACAAUGUAGGCUUGUAUUUCAAAACGUCUUCAGAACAUUUGCUGGAAGACUUCACACGAUGUCCUUCAUUAAAAUGCACUGUAUUCUGAAACUUUUUCAUUUUGUAUUUGACGGAAGUCACUGGUCAGCAAUGGAUAUAUGUGACAUAAGGCAAGUGUAUGGCAUAUUCAUAUCAUAGUGCCUUAUGUCAAAAUACAGCAAUAUGUCAUCACUGUUGCCCAUCACUGUCAAAGGAAGUAUUGUGUUAAAUGAGACACUGUAUUUGAAUGUGAAAGUCUUUAAACCUAAACCAAAUCAGUUUCAGUUCUCAUUAGACUUGUCAUAAAAGCUGUAAUUUGAAUAUCAGUAGACUUCUUUAAAACUUUAAUGACAGUUUUGUGUUAAAUGUCGCAUUCUGAACCGAGUUGUAAAACGAGACUGAUUUUAAAAACAGCUUUAUUUAUUUUUACUUUCAUGACAAUUUUUUACACAUCUUUGGUGGAUAGCUAAAAUUUCACCAUAUCCAUUAAUAAACUGUUGAUUGUUAUACAAACCAGUGGCAGAUUUUCUCAUUAUUUACAACGUUGGAGUUGUAGGGCUGUUGGUCAGUCCACGUGAGUGGAGUUGGAGAUCCCAGCAGUGCUCCAUGCUGUGCUGUGCAGGCACCGUGUGGGAAGGGACGUGCCAGAGAACCAGACUUUCCACUGUGUUGAAGAUGUAAAAUGAUGUCUGUACGACUAAAAUGCAACUCUGUAUUGUAUGUGAUUUGUACAGAAGCCGAGGAAGGCCGUGGGGUUUUGCUGAUGUAAAUGUACUGUAACAUUUGAUGAUGAGAUUUUUAUAAUUGUAGAUGGAAGAAAUUAAACCCUCCAACAUCC